CAAGCCAGCGGAAAGCCAUUGACGUUUUGCGCAUGCUCACGUUGAGCCAGAGAGCUGCAAGGAAAAAGUACAAGAGACAAAGGAAUAAACAACUCUGGGAGUGGACGCGAAAACGCCAAGUUAGAGGAACGAAAGCAGCCGAGCCUGUAACAUCGUAUACAGACAGGUUCUCUCUGCGGUUCUCACGGUGGUCUACUAUGGCAGUUGCCAGGGUCCUGCACUGCUGACCCAUUUAGUCCCAGUCAGCUGUACAAGUCAUGCUGUAAGUCUUUUCCACCCUGAGGUCGGCCAAAAUGGAAAGAACUGCUCUGCCCUAGUGGUUACUAUGGUGCUUGGCAGGUCUUUGUGCAAUAACAACAUGAAGAGCACAGAAAGAGGACACAAUCGAAUCUGCUUCUGAGAAGAUCCAUCGGUUUCCACUUGUGUUUUUGUUCUUUUCACUGAUUCACUGCAAGGUGCGCUUGGCUCACCUUUCACUCCAGUAGCUAUCUCCCCUCCCCUUGCCACUCAUCCCGAGCAGCUGAGAGGUUGCUGUGGAGAUGAUAGUGGUGACAUAGCAGCAGGAAUGGGGAGUACUCCAUGUUCUGGUAAGGGGAGGGGGGUCGGGGGGUUUCAGGAGCUGGGCUGUAUGCCAUGGAAGGUCAGCAAGCAGAAAGGAGAAGCCAUCGGUGGACGCGGGUCCGAGCUAGAGGAUAGGCCGAAUGCUGGAACGCCCCCCACCUCGUCACAACCUCCCACCAUUUAUCAUGAAAAGCAGCAUCGGGAGCUGUGCGCUCUGCACGCCCUAAACAAUGUCUUCCAGGACGGAGCGGCCUUCAGCCGUGAUGCACUUCAGGACAUCUACCAGAGGCUCUCCCCUAGCACUUUGGUAACGCCCCACAAGAAAAACAUGCUGGGAAAUGGCAACUAUGAUGUGAACGUCAUCAUGGCUGCAUUGCAGACGCGUGGGUUUGAGGCUGUUUGGUGGGACAAGAGAAGGGAUGUCGGCAGCAUUGCACUACCGAACGUCACUGGAUUCAUCUUGAAUGUGCCAUCCAAUCUGCGCUGGGGGCCGUUGCGACUGCCCCUCAAGCGCCAACACUGGAUUGGAGUUCGAGAAGUGGGAGGAGUCUACUAUAACUUGGACUCCAAACUGCGCAGUCCUCAUGCUAUUGGAACAGCUGAUGAACUGAGCUAUCGUUCUGAUUGUUUCACAGGAAGUUUUUGCGUCACCAGCUUCGAGGGAAGAACUGUGAACUCCUAUUGGUUGUGCCAGAGGAGGUGGAAGUCCACCAGACGUGGAGGUCUGAUAACUGAUGAAUGUUUUGGAUCGUUUUUUUGUUGUUGUUUUUUGUUUGUUUUGGAGGUUUCUCAAAUUCAUGCUCGGGAGGGAAAAAUGAGGUUCAAUCAAGGACCCAUUUAAAGAGCAAAUGGAGUUGUACUCAACUAGUCAUGAAAGCACACUGCUCAGACUUGUUUACACACACGCUGGACUCUUGCCAUGGAGACUGAAGCAGCAAAGGACACACACACAGGGAUAUCACAAGACAACAAAACACUACGCAGAGAAUUUUGUUUGGUAUUUGGGAUUCUGAUGCAUUUUUUUAUACAUUGAUUAUUUCUUUUACUUUGUACUGUUUUCUGACUUGAAAGUGAGAGGUUAUGGAAUUAUUAGUGAUGUGUUCUCGUGCAUCAGCUGCCGUCCUCGCUACUUUCCAUGUGAUUUCCCGUGCAUCCAUGUGAUCAUCUGAACCGCCACACAUUACAGGUCACCGAAAAGGUAUUCGUUUGACCAACUAGAUUUUGUUUAACACAGGGGUGCAUAUGUACUAAUUUAGUGCAUGUACUUGAAGAUUUAGAGAAGGAACACCAGUAGCCCCAGCUUAACCGUUUCCUACAUAUUUAAUGGCAUAGUGACAGAUGAGAUGUUUUCUGUGUAUCACAGUACAGCAUGGCACCACAGUAAUUGGAUGUUUUGUGUUCGUUUCCUAUAACAUAUGUUACCAAAACUGUCACUUGUUAAUCUCUUACCUUAAACGGUUGCUCUGGACACCCUUUUCUUGUUAGACCGUUAAGGUUAGACUUGUAGAAUCCUAGACUACAUGUAGGAAAAUAAAACAGGUGAGCAUUGGUAGUAAAAAAAAAAAAGUUCAACUGCCAAAAACUGUGUUGUUAAUUGAAACGGUUGUAUGUACUUUUAAAAUAGCAAAUGCUGAAAUAAGAGUUAGAAAGGUUGAGGUCUCUGAAAUCUUGCAAAGUUUAUUCAUCUUUGAUUGAUAUUGGAUUAACAUGGCCUUAAACUGUUUACAGAGGGAGCUGAUUUACACAAAGGGAAGUCUAAUAAUGCAUCUCAGGUUAUCUUCAGAUCCAGCUUGAUUAAAUUUCACUUGUUAAACACCGAUCUUCAACAUAUUAUGGAAAACACUUCAAAUAGAUUAUAGACACUCGAAUCAGAUACUACAACUUAAAAGGAACAUUCCACAUGUCCAUACACAGGGUGCUUUGUAAUACUGUAGAAAUGAAUAGAUUCCUUUGCCAUGACAAUCUAAAUCCCCACAAUCCAUUUUUCAGGGGGACGGAAACAACAUGUGCUCAUGCCAUUGUUUUCCAUUCAAAUAAAAUGCUUAUGAUGGCACUUUAUGUAUGAUGUAAAAUGUGCUGUGACAUCAUUAAAAUGUCUUUGUAUGUA